AAUAUUGUUAUUAUUAUUAUUAUCAUCAUCAUCAUCACGAUUAUGAAAAUAAAACGAACCACGACCAAGAGAUGGUCGUGAAACGAACUCCCGGGAACUGUGAUUUGGGCCAGUCAGCAGGGAUUGAGGGAAAAGAGAAGUGCCAGAGGAUAGGAGGGGAAAAACGAGCCACCAUAGUUUCGAUUCAAGUUUCAACCAAAUGGUCGAAACUUGUCUUCGAUUCGAUCCAAUCCAAUCCAACCAAAAAAUCAAAUUUUAUUAUUUUUUUUUUCUGCGUUUACGAUUUGUUAUUUACCACUGCACGUUGACAUCACCGAUCAAAAACUCUUGUGGGUUGCUGCAGUGCCCUACGUUAUACUGGCUACGUUAGCAUUUCACGAACUUUCAGCAUAAUACUGAUAAUACGCCGUAGCAUCGUCUCCAAGGCUGUCGCGACCUGAUACAUCGAGAUCCAGCUGGCAAUGUUCGAGUACGACGACGACGACCUGGUUUACGAGAUAAAUGCCUCUCCGACGAGCCCGUCUCGGUUCGACCGAUUGCUGCGGUCGCGGUGGGACAACGCGAUGGAGAAGGGCCACUUCUGGUACAGGCUGGACAAGCUGGAAACUAGGAUCCUGCCCGGAAAAUACAGGUUCGUGGCUCAGCUGAACAUAAAGAGGGCUCAGGAGAGGAGGAAACCCCAACAUGUGUCCUCUGUGGUCAUGCCUUUCAACCCUGACCUGUUCAACUUCACCAGGGUUAAAGACUCCGAGGUCCUAUUUGAAUUGAGGAAAACUGACAAAUGUUCCACAGCUACUAAGCCAGGACAUUGUGUGGUGAUCAAUGUGAGCCCACUGGAGUACUGCAACGCCCUGCUCGUUCCAAGCCUUGCGGACUGCCUGCCACAGGUUCUGUCACCCGACGGUCUGAUGCUUGCCAUCGACGCCGUGUUGCUCAGCAGCAGUCCUGCUCUCAGGGUCGGCUUCAACAGUCUGGGAGGUUUUGCGUCGGUCAACCACCAACACUAUCACCUCUACUACCUGGAGCACAGGCUACACCUCGAAAAAGCGCGAGUGACCCGCAUCUUUGGAGACUACCAUGAGUUGCAAGACUACCCGGCCGAAGGUUUUGCAUUCCAGGUGUCCAGAGAGAACAAGGAAGCUGUGGUGAGACACAUCAUGGCACUGGUGGGCGUGCUUCUGGAGACUUCGACCGCACACAACCUGUUUGUCACCAGGGGCACUGCCUUUCGAGAGGGGAGUGUUGGGCUCUCGGUCGUCAGGGUCUACCUCUGGGCAAGGAAGUCGUGCUACGGAGCCAAGGACGAGUCUGCAUUUAAUGUGGCCCUUUGCGAACUUGGAGGACACCUGCCAAUGAAAAAUGACGACGGUUUUCGCUCGGCCACCGAAGACUCUGUUGCAGCCGUGUUGAGGGACUUCUGUCACGAGACCUUUGUGAAAGUUCGGGCGAAGAUGGCAAGUUUGGAAAAGGACAGUGAAGAAGCAUCUAUGGAUCGCACCAGCUGAGCUGUACAUCCGCAUUAAAUAUUUUAUUUCAACUCUGAA